ACAACUAACCCACAGAGAGCUUUAUUCACAGUUUGCUCUCACACAAGCGACAGCCCAGACAUAAAGGGAGGUAAAGCAUUUUUGUUGCUUCAUUGAUGACCCUCUACAGAAAACAUGGAAAAAGCCACGCCUGCUAAAGAGCUGAAUGUGGCGAUUGUCGGUUCCAAAACCUCGCAAAAAUAUCUCGCUGGAAACAUAAUUCUGGGGAAAAACGCCUUUCCUGCAGACGAUGCAACAUUCGAUAGCGUGAUAGGGGAAGGGGAAGUAUGCGAGCGAAGAGUGACGUUGGUAAAAUCCCCUGGAUGGCAUCGAGGAUAUCAACUCUGUGACACUCCAGAACUCGUCAGGAUGGAGAUGAUUCUCAGCCCCAGCCUGUGUCCACAGAGACUGCAUGCUUUUCUCCUGGUGAUUAAUGCUGAGCAACCAUUCAGAGACGUAAACAAGAAGGCAGCGCAGGAGCACUUGCAUCACUGUUAUGGUGAGAAGGUGUGGGAUCACACGCUGCUGGUCUUUAGCCACAGAGGCCACACGACGGCUGGGGAAUACAUCGGCCAAGAAGGGCCUCCGCUGCGGUCGCUCCUGGCGGCCUGUGGCGGCAGACGCCAUGUCCUGUGUGUAGAGGCCACAGACAACAGUGUGAAAGUCAGAGAGCUGUUUGAACAGAUUGACAUCCUGGUGGCAAAAAAUGGCUGUUACCAGACUGACAGCAGGCUGAUGCAAGGUGUUAAGGAAAGGAGGGAGGAAGUGGUCAAAAAAGCCGAGGAGUUGAGUCAGUGUUCACGACGUCAGAGGCAAACACUCAGAACUCUCCUGUUAGAUCCAAAACCCAGCCUGAGAGUCUUAAUGGUUGGUUGGGUGUUUUCUGGGAAGAGUGCCACAGGGAACAGGAUUCUGAAAGCUAAAGUGUUUCACUCUGGUGAGAGAACAAUCAAACUCCUAAAGCAUUGUGGCACAGUGGCCGGAAGAGAAAUCCUCAUCACCGACACUCCCGGAUGGUGGAAAUUUUUCCCAUCAAACUUUACCCCGGCUGCUUUGAAGAGUGAGAUUCUAGACGCCGCGUCUUUGUGCUCACCACCGCCAAGUGUCGUCUUGCUGGCGGUGCCACUUGACACGUCGUUCACGGAUGAACAGAAAAGGGUCACAGAGGACAACAUGAGGCUGCUUGGGAAGAGAGUGUGGAGACAUGUAAUUGUGCUGUUUACAUUUGGGGACACUCUGGGGAGCAAAACUAUCGAGCAGCACAUCGAGAGCGAGGGGAAGCCUCUCCGCUGGCUCGUUGACAAAUGUGGAAAGAGGUACCAUGUCCUCGACAACAGGAGCAGCGCUGAUGGGCAGGUCACAGAGCUGCUGGAAAAGAUGGAGGAGAUGGUGGCCGGUAAUAGCUCAUUUUACCUCAGUGAAGCGGACGAGCCGCAGCUUGAGCCACACAGAGGUGAUAAAAAGACUGAGGAAAAAAACGAGUACCGGGCCAAGGAAAUCACAGAACAACUUAACGUUGAGUGGAAUCGCAAGAACUGGGAAAAAUACCACAUUAUGGGAGGAAACUGGAGCCUAUCUGCGCCACCAAACUUUAGUGAAGCCAGGCAGAGUUCUGGGGGCUCAGAAGAGGAAGCAGCGAUGGCGCACAGCCCCAAAGAUGACCAGUUUAAUGCCGGUCUCAAAGUGGAAAGUGACGAUGAUGCAGCAUCUGGGUCUCUGAAGAUAAUGAAGGGCCUGCUGGAGAGAGAGUGGGGCAGACGAGAGGCGUCGAUGGAGCUUUACUAUGAUCUUUUUGCAGAGACGGGAAACCUGUCCGAACCAGAUGUUGAUGAGCUGCGGAAAUCGAGAGACAAAGUCUUAUUAUGGCUGAAAACCCAACACACAACGUCCGGACGUACGGCAAAGAGAGAGAAAACCCGGAGGAAAAGAAAGCAUUGUCUUACACCUAUGAGGAGAAAGAAACUUUUCAAGACUUGCUGAGAUUAAUUGAAAUACUUGUGGUAAAUGUGUUCACAAUUUGUUAAAGUAGAGGCUCAGUGGAAAAGAAUUAGUGACAUCCAAAGGUGAGACUGCAGAUUGCAAACUCCUCUGCUCACCGCUCCUAGAUGUGUUUUUCUCCUUCAUUUGUGCAGAAAGCAUUCACUUCAAAAUGUCACAAACACGCACACAUAAUGAUAAUAAUAAUAAGAAUACUAGUAAUAAUAAUAAUAGGAGUGCAGAGGGAACAAGCAAGUGAAAUAACAUAAAGGCACAGAAAAAGCAAGCAAAUUAUUCCAUAAAAUCUUUGACAAGCCUUCCUACAAACGUGAUUUUUCAUUAAAACCUGUAAUGGAACAUUUACACAUCAGCGAGCAGCCGUAUACGCUCAUGCCAAGAAAGAAUAGCACAGAUGUGAUUUGUGUAUAGAGAAGACCAGAGGGAGCUGCACUACAGUCGACUACCAAGAGAGGAACUGUGCUAUUGUACAAGGUCAGGAGUCAGGAAUGAGGGUGGUGAAGGACAUGUAUGAGGACAGUGACACAGUGGUGUGCAGUUGGAGUGAUGGAUGGGUUCAAGGUGGAGGUGGGAUUACAUCAGAGAUCAGAUCUGAGCUCCUUCUUGUUCGCAAUGGUGAUGGACAAAGAGCCUGGAGAGGUGGAGGGAUGCACUGGAAAGAAGAGGGAGGAAGGUUAGUAGGAGCAAGACAGAAUACCUCAACCAUCCAAAGCAAUGGACAGUUCACUGAAGAGGUGAAGAAGAGGGUGCAGGCAGGGUGGAGUGGGUGGAGAUGAUUGUCAGGGGUGAUGUGUGAGACACGGAUUGCUGGUGAUGCUUUGGUCACAUGCAGAGGAGGGAUAGGGAUUGUAUUUAACAAAGGAUGUUGAAGAUGGAGCUGACGGGCAAAAGGAAAAGAGGAAGGCCACAGAGAAGAGGUCAUGAGGACAUGAGGGAUAGGGCAAGAUGGAGGCAGAUGAUCCACUCUAGUGACCCCUAAAAGGGAAAAUCCGGAAGGAGGAGAAUGGAACUUGCAUCCCCGAUCGCCUUAUGCAGGUUGUUCCACAGUUUGUGACCUCCUUAAUACAAAGUCAUUGCCUUGUACACGUUAAGUAAAUAUUGAAGGCUUAUCUUAUUCUAAGGCUACAAAAACAGAACUGUUUUUAGUUUAUUAUAGUGAUUAUACACAUAUCCAAGCACACUUGUGGUAGUAUAUCUAUUUUCUACCCGUACACUUUGCUGUUGUUUGUUUGGAAUUGUUUUUCAAAUGAUACGAGAACAAAGCGUGAAUACAAUAAAGCAGAUUCCACACACUGUGGCCACCAGUGGCUUUGCUCUGGGCUUCCCAUCGCCAGGCUGCCAGUUAACUACACUCCAAUAACUCUAUGCAUUAGUUUAACGCUACAUUGCACAGUAUAUAAUAUAAUUAUAUAAUUCUAAUGCAGUCAGCUAUCUAAAAUGUGUCAUAUUUUGGUUAUAUAUAUAUAUAUUUGGUCUGUUGUUGUUUGUUGGACAAAUUGUGAUGAAAUUGUCUGAACAUAAAGGCCCAAGGAAUCAGAUCUGGAUACCGAUUAAAAAAAAUAAUAUUAUAAACGAGAUAGAGUGUGACAAUGUGGAAAAGAGAGUGGCCUUGGCGGAGCUUUUGUGCUCUCUAAGUUCUUUGUCUUGUGUUAGAUUUAGAAAUUAACAUUUUAUUUCCUUUCACUCUCCACUGCAUAUUUAAUAUUAUCAGGUCAGCAAAAUAGAAAUGUCCAGACAAUCUCAUCUGGUCUCACUAUGCUGAUGAAAUGAAAGCUGUUAAUUAAAAGAGUCUCCCCUUGUGGCCCUCAAUGAAUAAGCUCUAUAAGUAAUGGACACAUGAAUGGAUUAAAUUUUAUGUGACAGUCACUCAAUGUUGCAAUAUGUAAAAAAAAAAGAAGGUUAUAAACAUCACAGUUGGGUAAAGAGAGUCACGGAUAGGUGAUAGCAGUAAUGUGGAGAGAAGAGUGGUCGAGACCUGGAAAUGUGUACUUGAAUCCUGCUGAGGCCCUGAACAGGAGCAGCAGGAGCAGCAGGAGCAGCAGAAGGGAUUAGGAAAACUGUGGAUUAGCAGCAGAGAGGCGAGGAUCUGUCUGUUUUAUCAGAAUGAACGUUAAUCUACAGCUAAACCAUCGACAUCUCUGUACUUACAGAGACGUCGAUAUGCAAAUACAUGCACCCUCGCAAGUGAUGCACACAGUGACAUCAGUUUACUCACUGACUUACUAUCAUUUAUGUAUGGAGAUGCAUCCACAUACUACACCAA